AAUUAUUUUGUCUUAAGAAAAGAUACUCAUAACAUUGUAUUGUCACAUCGUAUUUUGUCUUCAGAUUUCAAAUUAUUUUGUCUUAAGAAAAGAUACCCGUAGCAUUGUAUUGUCACAUCAUAUUUUGUCUUCAGAUUUCAAAUUAUUUUGUCUUAAGAAAAGAUACCCGUAGCAUUGUAUUGUCACAUCAUAUUUUGUCUUCAGAAAAGAUACCCGUAGCAUUGUAUUGUCACAUCGUAUUUUGUCUUCAGAUUUCAAAUUAUUUUGUCUUAAGAAAUCUACCUUCAACAUCCCUAUAUAAUGACAUAUUUUUCACAUAAGAUGACCACACCUCUUCAACAUAGUUCUAAACCAACUUCUUUCUCUUUCAAAAUGACUUCAAUUCGAACUUCUUCAUACUCAAUUGAAGAAGAUGUGCACUUGUGUCAUGUGUAUCUUGACAUUUCUCAAAAUCCAAUCAUAGGAAUUAACCAAUCCAGAGAUCAGAUGUGGGCAAGAGUUGAAUUAGCAUAUCACUCUGGGCAGUUUAGUAGUCAACCUCGACCGAGAAGAUCUUUGCAAACUCGAAUGACGACCAUUCUUGCGGCAAUUUCAAAAUUGAGGGGAUGCGUCAACCAAAUUGAAAAUAAAAAUCCAAGUGGUGCUUCUCAAGAAGAUAUUUUAAAUCAAGCGAAGAUGCUAUUAGCACAAGAUCCAAAGUACAUAAGAGGGUUCAAAUUUGCUCAUGUGUGGUCUAUUCUUAAAGAUUGUGAGAAAUUUACAAAUGACAACACCAAUUCACCAGCUAGAUUCCAACAACAACGUCGUAGUUUCAAUUCCCCCCAAUCUUGUUCUUCUGGCUUCGAAUCACCGACAUCAGCACCCACCGGUAUGAGUUCAUUUGAUCUUAAUAUGAAUGAGGAGGAAGUUCCUAUUAAUUUAUCUAAAAGACCUAUCGGUGUGAAAAAAGCAAAAGGAAAACAAAAAAGUGAUGAACAAUUUAAGAAAUUAAUGGAACAAAGUCAAAAACUUGUUAACGUUAUAGAAAAGGGUAACUUUGAAAGAAAUGAACUUCUGAGACAAAAGGUUGAUGUGGCUAGAAUGAGAGAAGAGAAUAAAAUUUUAUUUAUGGAUAUGAAUUCUAUAUCCGAUCCAGAGUUUCGCCAAUUUAUUCAAAGCGAAAGGAGAAAAAUUUAUAGAUCAAGAGCACAAACAUCCGAACAUGGAGAACAAGGAGAAGGAUCUCAAUAUCAGGGAUCUCAAUAUCGAGCAUCUCAGUUCCAAAGAUCUCAAUAUGAAGAAGAACACAGAGAAGGAGCUGAAGAUGAACAUCAACGAUCUCAAAAUCCUUCACAAGAUUAUAGUCAAUAUUAUGACUAUCUUGGCGGAACUGGGAAUAAUUUUUAAAAUUAUUAGAAGUAUGUCUUAGUUUGUCUUGUGUUCUAUAUAUAUAUAUAUUUAUAUUG